ACCUGAUUCUGCUGGUCAAGAUGUGGAAGAAAUCUUCUGUAGCGGUGACCACCCUCAAGUCCUACCAACUGGAGCUGCUGUGCAUCCACGUCUGGAAUUCCCUACCGAUCUUCCCUAGGAGUGUGGCCACUGCAUUCGAGGCUGUACUGAGGAAGCUGAGCGACUACAACAGCAUCUGUGCCUGCUGGACCGAAAACUACUCCAUGGAUCAAGUGCCAACAGGCAUUGCCAUUGCACGACCCCUGAUCCUGGACCCGGCCAACCCCUACAACAACGUGGCUGACGUUUGCAAGAACUGGCCUGACGUAGCAGCUGCCGCCAAGAGGACUCUGCAGAAACCAUUCUUCAAGUAGAAAAAGUUGCCGUUCACUGGGACACUCGCCACAACACUUUUUUCAUGUUUAGUCAGAUUACCUUAGGAAUGUCAGAAGUCAGACACUAAUAUGUUAACUUCACUUGCAGUGCCCGUAAAACUCUCUCUUAUCAACCUAUUUUAAAACAAUUCAGAUCUUUAUCUUAGCAUGCAUCUAUCCAAUGUACACUAAAGGAUCUGUUAGAAUUCAAACUAUUGUACUUACUGGUUUGUAUAGAUCAUCUCAUCUUGAUUUAUGGUUAGGACGAGUUUUGAAAAGUUUGUAUGCUCAAGACAUUUUAAAAAUGCUUACUAUGAUACUAUCUGGACAUUCAGAACACUUUAUAUUUUCUUCACAGACUGAGAGAUUGUCUGAACAGAUUGCGGUUGCUGUAAGAGUGCAGUGUUAUGAUAAUGAAUGUUCAGAACAGGAGUUGAUAGAUUGGUUGGCAGGAAACUUGACAUAAAUGUCAGAAGUAAGGCCUUGUGUGUGUAGCCUUAAACGCUUUUAAGGAAAAUAGAAUUGUGCAUUAGAUUUGUCCGAUAAAGGUUAAUACUAAUGCUACCGAUUGAAAGGACCAAGCCUAUUUUUCUCAUGAAAUUCAUAAAUCACACAUUAAUGUUGCCCCCUAUCAAAAUAAUGUUGUCAUGCUAUCUUUAUAAGCUGACGUCUUUUUUGUUUUACUGAAUUAAUGAUUGAUAAGUUGUUAAAUUA